AUGGGUGAUAAUAUAGUUAUAAAUUUAAAUAAUGUUUCAAGGAGUUAUGGUAAUGUAAAAGUAAUUGAAAAAUUAAAUUUUACAAUCAAUAAAGGUACCAUAAAUUCAUUAAUUGGUUCGUCAGGUAGUGGAAAGACAACAAUUUUGAAAACAAUUUUAGGAAAACUAAAACAAGAUGAUGGAAUAGUUCAGGUUUUUGGAAAGGAACCAUGUGGAAAAGGUAGUGAAAUACCUGGUUCAUCAGUUGGCUAUGCACCUCAAGAUGUUUGUUUAUAUAAUGAAAUUACAAUUGAAGAAACUUUAUCAUUUUUUGCAUCUAUUCAUAGAAUGCCAAAAGAUGAAUAUAUUAAAAAAAGAGAUUCAUUAGUGGAAAUUUUAGAAUUACCAAGUCUAUCAAAAAUCAUAUCUGAAUUAAGCGGAGGUCAACAAAGAAGAGUUUCACUUGCAACUGCAUUAAUACAUUCUCCUAAAUUAUUGAUUUUAGAUGAACCAACAGUUGGAGUAUGUCCAUUGGUAUCUUCAAAAAUUUGGGAACAUUUAAUUUUUUUAACAAAAAAUUUUGGUGUUACAAUUAUAAUUACUACACAUUAUUUACAAGAAUGUAGGUCGUGUGAUAAUAUAUUUUUAUUAAGAAAUGGUAGAAUUCUUGAAAGUGGACCACCCAAUUAUUUACUUUCAAAAUAUGAAUGUUCAUUAUUAGAAGAUGUAUAUUAUAAACUAUGUAGAGGUGAUGAAGAAAUUUCUUUACAAUUAAUAGAUUCAAAAAACAAUGAAAAAAUUAAUAGAGAUAUCAAUACUUCAAUACCGCUUGAAUUUAUAUCAAAUGGUGCAAACAUUAAUAAUGAUGAUAUUUUAAUUUCAAAUACAAACAAGCCAAUAAUUAAAAAAGAUGCAAAAAUCUAUAAAGAGAGGUUGAGUGAUUUUAAAAAUAAAUUACAAAUUUGGUUUUCACACUCAAUAACAAUUUCUAUAAGAAAGUUAACUCAAAUGUAUAGAUUAAAAUUUCCUUUAGUUUUUGAAAUUAUUUCACCUUCACUUUUAAUAACAUUAUUUUUCUUAGCAAUAGGUAAUGUACCACAUGAUUUAAAAUUUGGUAUUAAAAAUAUAGAUAGUGGCAGUUUAUCAGGUGAUUUUAUAAAUGCUUUAUCAGAUGGAAAUAAUAUUUUCAAUUUUAUUCAAAUAAAUGAUACUUCAAAUGCAAUUCAAAUGAUAGAAUCUAGUGAUCUGUGGGGUUUAAUAGAUAUUCCUGUUAAUUUUACUAAUGGUAUGAUUAACAAAUUAUUUAACCCAUUAGAAAAAUCAUUUGAAAAUUCAGAGAUGGAAAUUUAUAUGGAUUUGUCAAAUUUUCAAAUGAAUUUAAUGGUUGAUGUUCAAUUUCAAAAAGCAUUUAAUAAAAUAGCUAAUGACUCUGGAAUAAAAUUAUUACCAACUAAUUUUCAUGCAGUUUAUGGUGACCAAAAUGCAAACUUCAAUUGGUUUUUAGCACCAGCAAUGAUUUGUAUUAUUACAUAUGUUCAUUGUAUGAAUUUCUUAUCAAUAACAUUUGUAAGGGAAAAGAAUGAUGGAACUAGAGAUAGAAUUUUAUUAUAUGGUGUUUCACCAGUUUCAAACGUGUUGGGUCACAUUUUAGCUCAUAUUCCAAUAUUAUUAGUUCAAUUUUCAAUUCAAUUGUUAAUUGCAGUUUUUGCAUUUGGUGUUCCAAUAAAAGGAAAUAUAGUUUUAAUAUAUCUUUUCUUUAUUUUAAUUAAUACAGUUGGUAUGUGUCAAGGUAUAUUAAUCAGCCUUAUUAGUAAAGCUGAGGUGGAUGCAGUUCAAUUAUGUUUAGCAAUUUUCAUUUGUUCUCUUUGUAUGGCUGGUAUCAUUUGGCCAACUGAAGCAAUUAUAACUUUUGGAUGGAUAUCAAAUUUGGUUCCAACAAAAUGGAGUGGUUUAGCAUUACGUGGUAUAAUGAUUAAAGAUUUACCAUUCUCGCAUCAACAUAUUUGGAAAUCAUUAAUUAUAAUCAUUUCAUAUAUAAUAGGAACAUUCUCUUUGAUUGUAAUAUCAACACCUAUUGGUGAUAGAAAUUUUAAUUUUAAAAAAUUGUUUAAAAGAAUAAAAAAAUAA